GGAACAGGAAUGGACAGAGGGCUCGGUGAAGGUCUGUAUGAAGAGCAACACGCGGUAACACGCGUCUUUUCCGCGCUGUCAGGGAGGUCGUUUGCUGCCCCCUUUUGGCUGAGUGGUAAGGGAUUAGUCCCAGCUCCUGUAAGAGUGUUAGAAGUGUUAAGUAGAAAUGUUAAGUCUCCCCACACCUAACACAGUAUGUGUAACACAGUUCUGCUCUUGAGUGGGAUAACUUCACUACUUAAACACGCCUGUCUGUCUGAAUCACUGGACACCUCGCCUUUCUGACAGCUGUGGACCUGCAGUUAUUCCUGCAGGUGAUGGAAAGGGAGGAAAGGCGUUUUUGUGACUGCAGUUAUUUGAUAAAUAAAAAAACUAAACUUGUCAACGCUGUAAUGAGGGCGCGCGCCGGGCCAAGGAAUUCCAUUGACGGUUCUGGCUGUCACAAGUCCGACUUUCUCGCGCUCUUCGGACGUUUUCCUGAUUGGGCGAGCCCACUCCAAGCAAUUGUCUCUGGCCAAUGGCAUUAGCUCACAGGCUGCCGCAUGCAAAUGAGCUGUGCCGGGCUGCAUUCCUGUACUGCCCAGCGCCAGUAAAAGCCAGCCCCUCGCCUGGAGAUUCAUUCAUACGACAUCAGCGGUGUGUAUGCGACCUUACAGGGCCGACACAGCCCUAAAUCAUCAGGAAGAACGCGUCCCUUAGGCUGAAAAAUAGCACCGGAACAGACGAGCGAGCAGUACUCUGUAGUCGUUUCAAAAGGUGAAGAAUUGCGGCGGGACGUGAACCGGAGCAUCGCGAGCGCUUUAAGUGUGCAGCUGAAAAGUUUGAAAAGGACAAGUCAGUUUGCGGUGACGUAUAUUUACUGACGAUGCGGGGACAGGCUUCUGACUACAAAUGCUAGAGUUAAUCGGAAAUCUUUAAAAAAAAAAAAGAAAAAAAAGAAAAAAAGAAGUGCUCUGCAACUUUCCUGAUCGCUGCAAGACGCACGGAGGCAGGCAGACGCGCGCGCCGUCACAGCGAACGACAGACUAAUCCCCACCGGCUGAGAAGAGUGCCUGGAGACUCGCCUCUACACGCAGCUCAGAAGGAAAACCUCGAACAGGAUACCAAUGGUUUUCCUUUGGGACGCCAAAUACGACCAGGCCCCCCACCGCCGCUUCACACCGCCCUCCUCCAGCCUGGGCGCGGGGAAGAUGAGCGACACUCUGCCCGCGAUGAGUGCGCACGAGGGCGGCGGCGGGAAACUGCGCAUGUGUGACCGCAGCAUGGAGGUCCUCUCCGAGCACCCGGGAGAGCUCGUGCGCACCGACAGUCCCAACUUCCUGUGCUCGGUGCUGCCCACUCACUGGCGCUGCAACAAGACUCUGCCCAUCGCCUUCAAGGUGGUUGCCCUUGGCGACAUCCCUGAUGGCACGCUCGUGACAGUGAUGGCAGGAAACGAUGAGAAUUACUCCGCUGAACUCCGCAAUGCCACAGCAGCCAUUAAGAACCAGGUGGCCCGUUUCAAUGACCUGCGCUUUGUGGGUCGCAGCGGAAGAGGGAAGAGUUUUACUCUCACCAUCACUGUAUUCACUAACCCCCCUCAAGUGGCCACCUAUCAGAGAGCCAUCAAGAUUACGGUGGACGGACCAAGGGAACCCCGCCGUCAUAGACAAAAGCUGGAAGAAGCUGUAAAGCCAGGAGCGCUGGCCUUCUCCGAGCAGUUGAGGAGGAGUGCCAUGAGGUGCAGUCCUCACCAGGCCUCUGCGCCUAAUCCCCGCCCCUCCCUGAACACGCCUCCCUUUGGUAGCCCCACCCACAGCCAAAUACCUGACUCCAGGCAAAUGCAGACGUCUCCGUCCUGGUCUUACGAACAAUCCUAUCCUUACCUGGGUGCUAUUUCUGCACCAGCUAUUCACCCUACGACACCCAUCUCUCCCAGCCGCAAUCCAAUACACUGUUCAGACCUUUUCAGUGACCCGCGUGUCAGUCUGGAGCGCCCCUUCUCCUCCAUCCCCUCGCUGCCAGACAACCGCUUCACCGACCCUCGGGUCCCCUACCCCACUGCAGCCUUCACCUACACUCCCACCCCUGUCACCAACGCUAUAGGUAUCGGCAUGUCAGCCAUGACUGCGCCCGCUGGCCGCUACCACACUUACUUACCACCUCCCUACCCUGCCGGCUCCUCCCAGGGCCAGAGUGGACACUUCCAGGCCAGCUCUUCACCCUAUCACCUCUACUACAGCAGCGCUACCGGGUCGUACCAGUUCUCCAUGAUGUCAGGAGGAGGUGGAGGGGACCGCUCGCCCCCCAGGAUCCUGCCGCCCUGCACCAGCGCCUCGACGGGCUCGGCCCUCCUCCACCCCUCACUGCCCAAUCAGAAUGACAUUGUUGUUGAGGCAGAGGAAAGCCACAGCAGCUCUCCAACCAGCAUGUCUGCUGAGGCAGUGUGGAGGCCAUACUGAGCACCAGCUUUACUGAAUGAGGGACUGACAUGUUGACCAAUAUGAAGUGGACAGCUGAUGGAGCAGUGCAUGGACUCGAUUUUCCACAGCAUGAGACUCAGUUUUGUUUUUCUUAAGAUAAUUAUGGAUAAUUUGUUAUUAUUAUUAUUAUUAUUAUUAUUAUUAUUAUUAUUAUUACACCAGCUCCUUCAAUUUCUAAACAAAUACACUGACAUAGCACUGUCAUCAAACUUGAAUCUGAAGAAUUAUAUUAUCCUAGUUUAAAAACAUUAGCCAGAAAAUGUAUAUCUGCCAAAAUAACAGCUUGUAUGCUGGGAACUAUUCAUUUGAGGCAAUGAAUUAUGAAUUUCACACAUGACUGCCUGUUCAUUUAUAAUAACUGAGCUUUGAGGUUGAUGAGGUUUCAACUGAAACCCAGCAUAUGUGCAGUUCUGACAUUUCUAACUAUAAUCUAUAGAUGGGUGUGUGUCCUGUGACUCACACACAUCGCCAUGCUACAGUUAGCCUUGUGCUAACAGCGCCAACAUUGGAUGAUUGCCAUUGCUUUGGGUGAUUUCCAUUUAAGAGUUAAAAGAGACAUGGAGCUUUGUUGCACAUGCAAUCCCAGGUUUAUGAGGCUUUACCUCAUCAGUCACUGCCUAUUAAGGCCGUCCUCUUACAGUGCAAACCCGUCUGGAUUUCAGAUAUCCACUUAAUUCCUACAUGAAACAGUAUAGUGGACGAGGUUGGCUGUAACCCACAGUUCAUCUACUUUUAUGUAAAUAGACUGUAAACUACUUGUUGAUAUCACUGGCUGAUUGACGUUGACAGUGACAGUGUCUUUGACUUCCACACUUGAGAAAACUAGAAAUGCUACAUAGCCUAUAUGUUUUUUUAGUACUGCUUUAUUUUGUGAAUGUAAACCUUGUGAAGAAGCUGAUUGUUUGUAGACAAUGUCGUGUGGUGUCCUUCUUUCUCUUCACUGAGCAACGGUCAGGGUCAUGAGAAAUCAAGGGGAAAGUGGGUAGACUCUGUCUCUCAGUGUCAUCUUGUGCUGAUAGGACAAGAAUGGCCAGGCUCCUAAAAUGGUGCCAGCUUCUAAUACCCCCUCUGCCAGCCCCUGCUUCCAUGUGCUAUUCCUGACCUAAGAAGAAUUUAUACAGACAAGCAGA